UAAGUAACGGUAGUUUAAAUACUCUGCCAAACAUCCCCAAUUUGACCGUUCCUAAAUAAAACAGUAUAUUUUUCCGAAUCCAUCGGAAUUCGGGAACCACAGAUUUGAAGAUAACUCAUCAAACGGACCAACCACAGAUGUCUCGAUCUACGGAGAUGUCCCUGUCGUCCGAGCUUCUUCCUGACAACGUCGUAUUCGACAUCCUGACUCGGCUGCCUGUGAAAUCCUUAAUCCGAUUCAGGUGCGUUUCUCAAUCUUGGAACUCCACUAUCACAAACCCCAUUUUCAUUACAAAACACCUCGAUCUAGCAAGUUCAUUAUCCGACAUCAACAACUAUGGUUAUCUGUUAGUCACGCCACUAAGAAAUUACCCGUCACUGGAUCCUUCAUCUUCCCAAGAAUGGACUACGUUUGUUUACAAUACAAACCGCACGUUGACCCAGAUUUCAAGGUUUGAAAUUCCCUUUCCUAUCAACCUCAUAAUUGGCUUCUGUAACGGCGUGUUCUGUCUUGCUGCAAUCAACGAUGACUCUGAUGAAAAAUAUCUUAGACGCUCUUUGUAUUUGUGGAACCCAAGCAUUAGAAAGUUAAAGAAGCUUCUAUCUACUCAUCCUGCUGAUCGAGCCGUUUUUGGAUUUGGGUAUCAUCCUCAAAACAAUGACUACAAGAUUCUGAGAGUUACGUUUGCUAUGCGAGAAGUGACACGAAAACCCGCUGAGGCCGAGAUUUACACACUUGAGUACUGAUUCGUGGAGAAAGGCUGUAAUUUCGGUGGAGUCAUUUAGUGGCUCUGAUUCUGGACCCAAUGGAUCAGUUGAUCGGGUAUAUUUCCCAACCCGAUUAUGUUUUAACGGAGCUUUGCAUUUUAUAGCAUUUUCAGUUGACCAUAAGUUCAUCUUGUCCUUCGACAUCAAUGAUGAGAGAUUCCGUGAGAUAUUGCUGCCUCAAAAUUACUUAGAAGGAAUUGUAAAGCAUUUUGAACGCCUUGCAAUGUUCAAGGGAUCGUUGGCUUUGAUUGUUUUUGGUGAAGAUCUAGUUGAGAUGAGUGACAUAUGCCACAUAUGGGUGAUGAAGGAGUAUGGUGUGGUUGAGUCUUGGGCUAGAAAAAGUGUACCGAUGAAACAGGUUGCAGAGUUCUUUAGCUGCACCAUCAAUGGGGAACUUUUGGUCGAAAGGUUUACCCCCUAUCAGAGCUUUUUAUUUGACCCAGAUAGUUUAAAUGAGGAAAUUCUAAAUAUUCCAAUGCCUGAAUGUAUGAUUUACACCUAAUUUUGUGGAGAGUUUAGUUUUACUUGACAGGUGAACAGCUCUUCCAAAUGCGAAAAUUAGCAAGUUAGGGUUUCUAGCAAGGUAGACCACUUUUUGAAAUUCAUAUGGAAAAUUCAUUAAGCUGUCAGAAAUUUAUGUUUAUUUUUAAUGUACUUUUGAAUAAAUGAAUCCAGCAUGUUGUGUUUU